AUGGCGGCUCCCAGUGAUCGACCCAGGAAGUUCGGCAUGAAAGUGUCGGAGGAGGAUCGCGCCUUGGCCGCCCGCAACCCACCGUUGAUCUUAUCUUGUUCCCGGCGGACCGAUGUUCCCUGGGCCUUCUUGCGACAGUAUCUCAACGGCUUUGAGGAUGGCUUCAUCUACGUGGCCUCGGGCGCGCGCAAGGGCACAGACCAAGCCAAGCGCGGAAGUGACUGCCGUGCCGUGUGUGUACAGCCAUGGGACAACCGGACCGGCAAAGGCGUUGUGUGCAUCAGCUGGUGGUCCAAGAAUUACAAGAAGUGGAUUGCCGCGUACCAGCGUCCGGACAGCAUCCUACACCGCUAUGCCGUGCAUCUCUUCAACUUUACCGUGAACUCGGACAACCUGGAGAUCGAGCCAGGCAUGGAGACAAACCUGCAAGAGCGCCUGCAACAAGUGACGUACCUGGCGCAGACCUUCGGUCCUGGGGUUCUUAGCUGCCGCUUCGACCCUAUCGUGCACUACCGGAGCGUCCUGGGAGGGCCCGUGAGAGACAACCUCAAGGACUUUGAAACCAUCGUCCGGCACAUUGGCGGCUUGGGUAUCGACUACAUCGUCUUCAGCUUUUGCCAGGCCUACCCCAAGUCCGUUCGGAAUAUGAAAGCUGCGGGGCUCGAGCUGGUGACGCUGAACCGUGCUGAGGAAUGCGCCGUGCUGGACAGGCUGAUGCCCAUCGCACAUCGCUAUGGUGUGCAGCUCCGCUGCUGCGGCAACAAGGGCCUGGUGGGAUAUCCCAUCAUUCAGAGCGAGGAGGAGGCUUUGAUCAGCGUGGCAAAGAGAGUGGUCCCGCAACAGUCCAACGUCCCGGUCAUCGGACAGUCGCGCUGCGUGGAUGCGCGACUCGCGGACAAGAUCGCCCGGGAGAAGGGCCUCAACUGCUCUCUUUCUCAGGCCAAAGACCUGCGACAGCGGAAAGACUGCGAGUGCACCCGCUCGACGGACAUCGGCCAGUACACGUUCCAAUGCCCUCACGGCUGCCUGUACUGCUACGCCAACCCCAUGAAGAAGACCGCCCGGAACCAGCAGCCAUCGCAGGUCACUGACCAGGCCCCGAUCGCCAUGAACGCCAUGCCUCCGCCGAGCCAGUUCCAGGCCGCACCAGCGCCUCUUCCGCCUCCUUUCGGCAUGCCCGGGAUGCCCGGCAUGCCCAUGCCGAUGAACGCCCCUCCCCCCUUUCCCGCGGCAACGCCCGGCGGCUACAUGGCCCCUCCGCCCGCGCAUUGCGGUCUGCCAGUGACCACAGGGGGCCUGCCUCCGCCGCCCCCGCUGCCACAGUCGGGGUUCCCCAUCCCACAGAUGGGCUUGCCGACGCUGCUCAUGCAGGCGUACAAGUUCCCCUUCCAGCAGCCCGGCGGUAGCUACGCAGCGCCGGAGCAGUCUCAGAAGGGCGUCGAAAUCCAGCCUGGCCAAUGA